GCGAUUUGCGAUUUGCGAUUUACGAUUCGCGCUGCUUUUUCCUCUUUCGCUGGACUCUUUUUUUUUCGCGCUCUGCCAAAGUUUCGCGUGUUUUAUUGCCGCCACUGCCCUUUCUAUCCCGGUUUUUUAACUGAAAUUUUUCAAAUUUCAACGAAAAAGCACUCAAGCAACGGCAGCAAAAGCAGCUAGCAAAAUGUCGGAGCCGUCCGUCUGUCACAAGUGCAAUGAGGUCAUCGAGCAGCGCAUCAUCACGGCCCUGGGGAUGACCUGGCAUCCGGAGCACUUCGCCUGCAAGGACUGCCACAGGCCCAUCUCGGAGGCCACCUUCAACAUCCAGGCCGACGAGCCCGUCUGCUCCGACUGCUUCGUGAAGAACUACUCGGGCACCUGUUUCGGCUGCAAGCAGCCCAUCUUGGAGCGCACCAUCAAGGCCAUGGAGCAGUCGUGGCACGAGGAGUGCUUCGUGUGCAACGGACCCUGUAAGAAGCCUCUGGUGGGCACCUCCUUCUACGAGCGGGACGGAAAUCCCUACUGCCGGCCGGACUUCGAGCAGCUGUUCGCCGCCCGCUGUGCGGGAUGUGGUCAGCCGAUCACGGAGAACGCGAUCGUGGCCCUGAACGCCAAGUGGCAUCGCGAGUGCUUCAAGUGCAAGAAGUGCGGCACUCCCAUCACGGCCAGCUCCUUCGCCGUCGAGGACAACAAGCCCUUGUGCACGGCCUGCUCCGGCUAGAAAUCGGGAACCAUACCCCUAACCGUACCAUUCACUUCGAUAUCCAUGUAUAUUAUCUAUUCUUAUGGUAUUUGUAGUAAUCCAAUUUGUUGAACCCAAUCCCCGUACCCGAGAACAAAGCAAAGGAAAGCUCGUGAAAAUGGAAAAUGGAUUAUGGAAAUGGAAAAUUCCAAGCCACCGGAGGAAGGAGAAAUUUAAUUUUUUGAUGGACAGGAACAUGAGAAGUGCAUUCGAUGGGUGGGCGGAGGUUGUUAAUGCUUAAUAUAAUUGUAAUUCUCCUUAGUUGAUAUAUAUAUGCCUGUCUAUCUGUCACUCUCACACAUUUCCCCCUCCCCAAACCACCCGCUACGAUCCUCUCUUGAAAUUCUCUUGAUCGUUUUCGUACUGCACAAAGUAUAUGAUAAAUGGUAUACAAAUAAAAAAAUAAUCUUGAA